UCCUACACUGUUAGGAUUUAGAGAACACAUACAACGGACUCCCAUUUCUCUCUUUAGCUUCACCUUCUCAGCUUCUUCUCUCUUUCAUUUGUUACACACAAAAUAGAAAAUUGAAAGGAUUUUUGUUUCUUUGUUCCUUUGUUUUGUGGGAAAUUUUAUUCCCUAAUUAAAGUUGUUACUUUCUCCUGAAAAUUUUACAGCUCUCGAGACUCUCACUCCGCUGCCUUACUUCAAAUGAUAACAAAUUCUUUCGUUUAACCACCGGUGUGUAUGAAUUUUUUUUUUUUGGAUUAAUCCUAGCUUAUUUUUUUUUUAUGGGUUUUCUUUAUUACUUAAGCUUUUGAGCUUGUGAGAUCUGAAAUCGUAAGCGCAUGCUCUCAUGUAAUUGAGCCAUAUGGGUUUUCUGAAAUUUUCGAGUGCAUUUAGUUCAAGUUUAUAUUAGAUUUUUUUUUCUUUCGGGUUUUAGAUAAUCGACUUGAUCUGGAUACUUAAACUUUUAAAAAAUUGAAUUUUUAGGAGUUUAGAUAUGAAAUUUGAGUUUAAUAUGGGCGGCCGUUUGUGGAAUGAUGAAGACAAGGCCAUGAUAGCUGCCGUUCUUGGCACAAAAGCUUUAGAUUAUUUAAUAUCAAGCUCUAUUUCAAAUGAGAAUCUCUUAAUGGCCAUUGGCAGUGAUGAGAAUCUACAAAACAAGCUGUCUGAUCUCGUGGACCAACCGAACGCAUCAAAUUUUAGCUGGAACUACGCCAUAUUUUGGCAAAUUUCGCGGUCCAAGUCUGGUGAUUGGGUUUUGGGGUGGGGUGAUGGAUCUUGUAGAGAGCCAAAAGAAGGCGAAGAAUCUGAAGUUACACGUCUUCUUUAUAUUAGGCUUGAAGAUGAGACUCAACAGAGGAUGAGAAAAAGGGUUUUGCAAAAGCUGCACACCUCGUUUGGUGGAUUGGAUGAGGAUAAUUAUUUAUUAGGAUUGGACAGGGUUACUGAUACAGAGAUGUUCUUUCUAGCAUCUAUGUAUUUCUCUUUUCCUCGUGGAGAAGGUGGCCCAGGCAAGUGUUUUGCGUCUGGAAAGCAUGUCUGGUUGUUGGAUGCUAUGAAAUUGGGUUCUGAUUACUGUGUUAGGUCAUUUCUUGCAAGGUCUGCUGGAAUUCAGACCAUUGUUUUGGUUUCAACUGAUGUCGGGGUUGUUGAAUUGGGGUCUGUUAGAUCUGUACCUGAAAGUCUGGAAUUGGUGCAGUCAAUAAGGGCCACGUUCUCUGCCAAUUCUUCUAUGAUAAGGGUUAAGCCAAUAGCUGCAUUGCUACCCGUUACUAGUGAGAAGAAAGAUGAGAGUGAAGGGUUUUCGAAUUUGGGGAUUUUGGAGAGAGUGGAGGGAGUUCAAAAAAUUUUUGGCCAAGAUUUGACCACCACAAGCCACGUGCCUGCCCAUUUUAGCAGAGAGAAACUUGCUGUUAGAAAGAUGGAAGAGAGACCAUCAUGGGAAGCUUAUGCCAAUGGAAAUAGGAAUGCCUUUUCGAGUGCUCAGAAUGGUGUUCAUGGUUUCAGCUGGGGAAAUGUUCAAGGUGUGAAACAAGGGAGCCCAACUGAAAUUUAUGGCUCUCACACUACAGCUAAUAAUUUGCAGGAGCUUGUGAAUAAUGGUGUUAGGGAAGAUUUUCGAGUUAAUCACUACCCAUCUCAAAAGCCUGUGCCAGUGCAAAUUGAUUUUUCAGGGGCUACUUCUAGGCCUGCUGUGAUUGGUAGACCACAAAGUGGGGAAUCUGAGCAUUCAGAUGUUGAAGCCUCUUGUAAGGAUGAGCGGCCUUGUGUAGCCGAAGACAGAAGGCCUCGGAAGAGGGGCAGAAAGCCUGCAAAUGGAAGAGAAGAACCACUCAAUCACGUGGAGGCGGAGAGGCAACGGCGUGAGAAGCUGAACCAGCGGUUCUAUGCAUUACGAGCUGUAGUACCUAACAUAUCCAAGAUGGAUAAAGCUUCCUUGUUGGGUGAUGCCAUUGCUUAUAUUAAUGAGCUACAGGAAAAGUUAAAAGUCAUGGAAGCAGAGAGGGGUAGCACUUCCAGAGAUUUGUCUGCUUUGGAAUCUAACCCAAACGCAGAAAGUCUGCAGCAAGCUCCCGACAUUGAUAUUCAGGUUGCUCAUGAUGAGGUUAUUGUGAGAGUAAGCUGUCCUUUGGAUUCACACCCUGUUUCGAGAGUCAUCCAAGCGUUUAAAGAGGCACAGAUCACAAUUGUUGAGUCAAAACUUGCUACUGCAAAUGAUACUGUGUUUCACACAUUUGUAAUCAAAUCUCAAGGAUCCGAGCAGCUGACGAAAGAGAAGUUGAUUGCUGCAUUUUCCUGUGAAUCCAACUCUUUACAGCCAUUAUCAUCAGUUGGGUAGCAGUGGUAGCUCAAGAAUGGCAUUUAACUUUGUCUAUAAGCGUAAAAUGUAGAGAAGAACUGAUAUGGAGCUUCUUCCCCGGUUUUGGUAUACAGCAAAGGAUCCUGGAAAGAACAGCAGGGCUAGCUAGAAGUAGAAAAUAACUACUUAUUGACCGAGUAGGGUAGCAAAUUUUAUGUGAUUGUUUAUAAUAUACAUGUUUUCUGUUAUAAGCAAAUAUUUUUUCAAGAUGAAUUAAAAUUUUAAGUUUAACCAGUUAUUAUAUUCA